CAGAAAACUUGGUACAGGUACAUCUCCAACGAAACCCUUCCAUCAUGAUCCUCCAAGCUGCACUUUUCUUCGCUGGUCUGACUGUUGUCAGUGGCAGCAUCUGUUGUCCACCCAAGCAAUUCAACGCAUUCCAGUAUGUCACCUUUGUCAACUCCACGACUACUUUGCGCGCCUUGUAUUUCAUCGUUUACGACGGUGUCAACCAAAGAUAUCUCAUCACCGGCGACCGCAGCAACAAAUUCGUCGGGACCACCAAAGUGAUCUAUGACUACAAGAAGAGGAUUGCUUACAGCAUUGAUGCAGAGGCACGUACCUGCACAAAGUUUCCCGUUGAGGGUAAUUUCGAGGAUCAGCAGUAUGUCUGUGUUCCAAGUGGCGCUGAAUCUGUGGGUCCUUUGUUUUACGGCUACAAUCAGAGCAGGUUGAAUUCACAGGCGUACGUCUACAACAGCACCGCCCCCGACGGGAGUUUUCAGAACGUCGUCACAACCGUCUCACAGGAUGACUGCGUACCAAUAGUUAUCUGCGCGACCAUAACCGGCGGUCCAGGAGGAAACUCUGUUUACACUGUCGGGUACAACGACUUCUAUCCCGGCAUCAGGGACAUCACCGUCUUCGACAUUCCGCCAUACUGCUAAGCCUGAUACCAACAUUGCUGAAAAGAAACACAAGGAUCUGAGCUCCCACUACAAAUGUCUAUCUUGCAAGAUAUUCAUGUUAUAAUUAAUAAAAAGCAUUUCAGAAAAAAAGUU